CUGCACAAGUGACGUUGCAUAUCAUGGAGAAUGAAGUCGCGACGAGCAGCCCACAGCCCGCUUCUCCUCUUCCUCCUCACGACGCUCCCUGCGAAUUCAUUCAUUUCACAACUACACCAUGGCUCCAUCCCUAGACGACUUCGACACAAAGUUGUCGACAACCUAUGAUGCUGCCCUCAGGUCCGGCCACCUCAUCUUCACAGCCUCAGAAAUAUUCUUAUCCAGGGAGACCGAGUAUGGUAUCGAGUGCCAGCUCACUUACGCGCCUCUUCUAGCAAAGAAGCCUCAAGGAGUCAUCACUGCCAUCGAGACAGACCCUCGACCCAAAUUCGACCGACCAUCCACGCCCGUUAUCAAGCAGGCCGCGAGCGUCAAUCCGUUCAUGCCCCACGACCCUAAGCUCUAUGUUGCGGACGCCGGCGAUGAGCACAAGGUGUUGCUGAACAAGUUUUGUAUCGUCCCCAGACACUUCUUGAUCAUCACCAAAGAAUUUCAACCGCAGACCAAUCCCUUGACUCCGGAUGACCUGCUGGCGGUAUGGAACACGCUGAUGGCGCUCAGGAACAGUAAAGAUGCUGUGGCAUUUUUCAAUUGCGGAUCGCGCGCCGGUGCCAGUCAGGCUCACAAACAUAUGCAAGUCAUACCCCUGGAGAAACCCUCGCCAAUUGCGGCCCUAGUGCGUGAAUUCUCUAAGCGUCAGCCAGGAAAGAAGGAGAACCGACCAGGCGAUGUAUUCUCGGUCCCAAUCAACUGCAUCAACCACGUUAUCCUCCUCCCGGACGUAUCCAAAACGAACAAGACUCAGGAAGACAUUUUGCUGGAAGCCUAUAUAACCCUCAUGGACGCCAUGCUCAUAUCUAUCCGCGAGUAUUCUGAACAGACAUCGCUCUCGGAGACCGAAAGCGCUAUUGCUGCCAACAUGACCUCAUCAAUGGCCUACAACUGGAUCCUGACUACGGAAUUUAUGCUGAUCGCGCCCCGGAAGCAGGAGCAUUCGGAGUCUGUCAAUGGCGUUGCGUUGAACAUCAACUCAUUGGGCUUUGCCGGUAUGGUUUUGGCAAAGACGCCCGAAGAGAUGGAGUUGGUUAAGAGCAAGGGCGUGCUUCAUGUGGUGGCCGAGACAGGAUUCUCGUGCGGAUGGGGCAACAGGUCAGUGGAGGAGGAGCAGAAGAGAAGGGAACAGCAGGAUGCAUUGGAGAAGCAGAUGGGAAGUGCCCUGUCUGGUCUCUGAAUAAUCAUAUUAUGAAUGAAAGCAUUCAAUAGACAGGCAUAUUAUAACAGUUUAUUGUACUAUACGUUCUUGAUAUCGAAGCGUAAAAGAACUGCCUGGUGGGCGAGAGAGAAUCGGUCGAAACUUUC